ACGGCGGGGGGGCGCGCGGAGAGGCGCCCAGGACAGCCUUCGGAGCCCCGCUGAGGAGCACUUUGCGCAGGCCCAACUGCUUGGAGGAAGGCACGGUGCAGGGCUUGGGAGGAGCGCGGCAGCCGUUGGCAUGAGCGAAAGGGACGGGAUGGUAAUUCAUACGGCCCCGCUCAAGCAGACGUGGAAAUCCACGCCAAGGAAGGGCACCAAGCGUGUGCAGAAGGCCACCAAGAAUGCCAGGCGCCUCAUCAGCGACCCUUUCCAGAGGGAGAGAUUUUCAACGUGGCGAGGGAGGCGGCCUUCUGGUUGGUCUACGUGCAAGGUGAUCGCGAACGGAGGAAAAGCCACUGGCAGACCUCACCCCCAGCCAGAGAGCCAAUCAGGGUCAAUGGGCAAACGAGCAAUGUUGCCAGGCAGAAUUGUAGGACGAAAACAGGUGCCAAGGGAAGACGGCUGUUACCACAAGACAUUGUGCGUAUGA